AUGUCUCGUUUUAUCAAGGAUAUGAAUGAGAAGGGUAUGGCAGGUUUGGCCUCGGAAUAUCGUAAAAUUGAUGUGGAAGAUACACCAUUCGGCUCUCACAAAUCGUUUUUAAUGAAUAUGGCUAAAAAUCGUUAUUCUAUAAUUAUAGAUGUUCUGUGUGUUGAUGAGACGCGAGUAGUUUUGAAAAUUGGACCAGCCGCAAGUGGCGAUUAUAUUCAUGCAAAUUAUGUGCUGUUUUCCGAAUUCCAAAACAAAUUUAUCUGUACUCAGGGUCCUUUACAAACAACUAGAGAUGAUUUCUGGAGGAUGGUAUUUCAAGAACGCGCUGAAACAAUUCUGAUGCUUUGCAGACCGUCCGAAGAUGGCAAACCUAAAUGUGCUGUAUAUUGGCCAGAAAACGAUGAUAAAUUGGAACUUAGCACAGUAGAUGUUGAGAAAGUUGGUGAAGAAAAUUCAGAUUUCGAGACUCUACUUUUUAAAGUACAGCUCAGAGAUGAAUUCAAACAAUCGCCGUUUAUAAGCAAUAAGGAUCCACUGGUAGUAAAACAAUGGCCUGAUCGUGGAAUUCCAAGCCAUGAGAAUGCGAUGAUCCCUUUGAAAUUGUUAUCAUUAGUAAGGAAUACUCGAGCACCGUGUGUUGUGCAUUGUUCUGCCGGAAUUGGACGAACUGGUACCGUUGUGGCUAUUGAACUUGGCAUCAGACGGUUCCACGAUGGCCGCAAAGUUGAUCUGGCAAUGCUUGUAAAAGAUCUCAGAAAGAAACGGGCGCAAUGUAUACAAACCGAAAUUCAGUAUUUGUAUUUAAGUCGUGUGCUAACCGAAUAUGCUUUGAGCUCCGGUGAACCACUAUCUGAUGAUGUGCGUCGUGCAGCGGAAUCAUUUCUCAAAGAAUAUGAUUCGAAAAUUAAGAAGUAA